AUGGAAUUUGUGGCGGCCCUGGCUGACCUCCGAGCAGAGGCUAGCUGUCCCAUCUGUCUGGACUACUUGAAAGACCCAGUGACCAUCAGCUGCGGGCAUAACUUCUGUCUCUCCUGCAUCAUUAUGUCCUAAGAUCUAGAUGAUAGUUUCCCCUGCCCAUUUUGCCACUUUUGCUGUCCAGAAAGGAAAUUUGUAAGCAAUCCCCAGCUGGGUAUUGAACUUGCUAAGCAACUCCAGAUAAGAAGCAAGAGGAAGAGGCAGGAAGAGAAGCAUGUGUAUAAGAAGCAUAAUCAGCUUUUGACUUUCUUCUGUCAGAAAGACCUAGAGCUUUUAUGUCCAAGGUGCAGUUUCUCCACUGAUCACCAGCAUCACUGUGUUUGGCCCAUAAAGAAGGCUGCCUCGUAUCAUAGGAAACAACUGGAGGAAUACAAUGCACUGUGGAAGGAGAGAGUGGAACUAAUUGAAAAAGUCAUAACUAUACAAACCAGAAAAUCACUGGAACUGAAGAAACAGACAGAGUCUUGCUCUGUCACCAGGCUGGAGUGUAGUAGAGCAAUCUUGGCUUAUUGCAACUUCUGCCUCCCAGGUUCAAGUGAUUCUCCUGCCUCAGCCUCCUGA